GCAAAUUGCCCUAGAUUUUCCAAAGAAGAAACUUAUGUUGAUGGGUUCUUCUUCUACUUCAGUGAUUUCAUGCCAAGAAUUAUCCAAUGAAAGAAUUGCUCAAAAUAAGGAUUUCACGGUGGAUAUUUGGUAUGAAAUUUUUCUUCAUCUUCCAGUUAAUUCAGUCUUUGCAUUCAAGUGUGUUUCUAUGACAUGGUUUUCCAUUCUUUCAAACCCAAAUUUUAUAUACAAAUGGAGUAAACUCAACAAGAUUAACACAUUUCUUCCAUGGACACUAUCAUGCUGCUGAUUUACCAGAAAACUAUACAUUCCAAAAUGAACCAUUUCGAAGAAGUUUUUCAAUUGCAUAUCCUGUUUCGCAUUCCAAAUUCAUGGCGAAUAAUCUCAAUGGGUUUUCUUUUAGGUUCAUAGAGCCAACUCAAAAUUUUCCAUAUACAGGGACGAAACCCUGUUUAUAUCUGUUAGGUUCCAGUAAUGGUUUAGUUCUCUGCACAACUAGCUUAUUCAAUCAGAUGGUUUAUGUCUGUAAUCCACUUACCAAAAAAUGGGUUUCACUACCUCCACCACCAAAAGUUAGUGAAUAUGUAAUGGCUGGUUUCGAGUGUGAUGGAAGUUCUUCAUCAUCACUCAUUUCAACCAGUUAUAAGGUUGUUCGUGUACCAAGAUUUGAAACCAGGAGCAAAUUUAAAGCUGAAAUAUUCAGUUCGGGUUUUGGUGAAUGGAGUGUUUAUGAAGUUUCAUGUCCUCGAGAUGUUGGUUGGAUGAAUUUCUUUCAAAAAAAUGUUGUUAUCCAUAAUGGUGUACUACAUUGGAUUGACCGAAACUCAGUUAUAGCUUACAAUCUAAACAAUGGCGAAGCAUGUGGAAAUCAAUGUAGAUUAAUCAACUUGCCUGGUGAGGAGUACCGCCUCUAUGAUUCUUCACAACCUUAUAUUGGAGUGCUGGAAGGGCUGAUCUGUUAUGCUUGUCUUAGGGUGGAAAGGAUGCCUAUGGGUGUUUUGAAGGUCUUUUUGUGUGUUUGGGUGAUCGAGGAGGACUGGCAUUUGUUGUAUGAUGAUAUCUUAGUUGAUGAUAUGUUAGCAAAAAUAAUAUCAAAUUCAAACCUUAUAAACCUAUCCAGGUUUUAGGUUUCGAUCUAGUUGACCGAAAUGUUGUUUUGUUUGGUUGUCAAAAUUAUGUCUGGGUGUACAACAUUUUCACAAGAAGAUGGGAAGAGCUCUGUCAUCCUUCUUUGUUUCAUAACAAUCGUCCAUUUAAGGCAAAAUGCAUGCCCCUGGGGUUUGUGCUACAAUCAAGGCCAUCAGUACUUCCACCGCCAUCCUGGAGGAACCCUUGACAAUGUGGUCGACACGAGGAACCCACUUUCGUAAUAUUCGAAGAACUUGUAUGUAUCCAGGGGGUUCAAUGUUUGAAACUGGGUCUCUUUAAUGAACUCAGAGGCUUCUCUGGAUGAGGAUACUCCGCCUAUCUAGAUGCUGAACCCAAAACCGUACUGGGUUUAAUGUGUACAUUAGAGGAUCUUCAACAUAAACUGUA